AUGAAGAAGGAGCCGAAAGUUGUGGACAUCCUCAUCCUGGUCUCAUUCUUCACCUUCCUUUGGAUUUCCGAAUACUUGUCUGCCAAGGUCAUCCGCGCCGGCAUCAUUGGACCCAUAGCCGUCGGCAUCGUCUAUGGUCAGCCAUUGUCGGAUAUUCUCCAUCAUGACUGGCAGGAGACCUUCUUGUAUUUGGGGUACAUCGGACUGAUCCUGAUCAUAUUCGAGGGCGGUCUAUCAGCCCGCAUCGACUUGUUGAAGGCGAAUUUUACACUGUCUAUGUUGGGCGCUGCCACUGGUGUACUUUUCCCAAUUGGACUCAGUUACCUGCUACUGUACCUAGGUUUUGGCUAUGGCGCUGUGGAGACUUUCAUCAUCGGUGCCGCCCUGAGUGCGACUAGUUUGGGGACGACGUUUGCUGUCAUCGCAAGUGCAUCGAAGAGUGUGGACUUGGCUCAGACGCGUGUGGGUGCGGUGCUCGUCAGCGCUGCGGUGAUUGACGAUGUGACCGGUCUGGUCAUGAGCAGUGUCAUCCAUGAUCUGGGCUCGAUAUCUGGUGAUAGCGAUGUCAACCUUGGAUGGCUUAUAGGUCGGCCGAUAGUCGCUUCCGUUGCGAUGGCAAUCCUCACGCCAGUGCUCACAAAAUGGUUCUUCGCGCCGGUCUUCCGCAAGUUUAUCGAACGCAAAUUCGCCAAGUUCGAUCAUUUGUCGAAUAUCAUGCUAAUGAUACUUGCCUUAUCUGCUUUCAUAUCGAUCGCUGCAUACGCUGGCACCUCUAUACUAUUUGGAGCCUUUCUCGCUGGAGCUUUCCUCACUUAUUUACCGUCGAAACAUCCCGAAGGACCAUUCGUAGUCAUGAGCCGAGAAGAAGGCGAACGUGAGAAGCACAAGUCGCCUACAUUCGUUCACACGUUCGAAUGCUACUGUUUGGACCCGCAGCAAUACGUCUUAGAGCCACUCUUCUUCGCAAGCAUUGGUUUUGCCAUCCCUUUCUUGGAUCUGUGGACGGGCAAAGCAAUCUGGAGAGGAUUCGUGUAUACUCUGCUGAUGUUAUUCGCCAAGUUCAUCGUGGGAGCAUGGAUUCCGAUCUGGUCCAAUGUCGAACACGAUCCGCAAAAAGCGGACCAGGUUGCUCAAGAGGAACGCAAUGCAGAGAACGGCCAGGCCCUGAGGAAAACCACUUCAUCGCCAUAUUCUCCUACUCGUAGUGCCGCACUGAAGUCAUCACUUUCGCCUGGUUUGCUCCUUGGAAUGGCAAUGGUUGCUCGUGGAGAAAUCGGAUUGCUGAUUGUUGAAAUCGGUUACAACAAUACGUCAUACGUAUCUUCGGAAGGUUUCAUCACAGCUAUAUGGGCCAUUCUUCUCAAUACAAUUAUCGGACCUAUCUGCGUCGGCUUGUGGAUCAAGCACAAGGGCGAUGCAAUCGGUAAAGGUCCUUGGGGUCUAGUGCCUGGGCCUAACCAAGAGAAAAUGCAGAACCAGCAAAGGAGCGCGGGAAGUGGUGAGCGACUUGAAGCACAUAACUCCGCCGCUCAAGGCCCCAUUGUCACCAUCAAAAUCGACAUCGGCACAACCACCCUGACCUACCAAAUCCAUAAGGCCAUCAUAUGCCACUUCUCCGCAUCCUUCGAGCGCGCCUUCAUGGACUCCAUAUCUCCAAAGAUGAACGCCGACAUUACCACUUUCAACACAUUCAUCGACUGGCUAAAUACCGGUGUCCUUUCCUCGACUACACUGAGCAAAGACAUCCUACUCAAAGCUGUCGCAUUCGGAUACAACUUCACCGCACCCGCCUUCCAAGUCGCCGUGCACAACAAACUCGUGGACCUCAUGAUCGCGAAGCGCAAGGCACCGAGCGAUGAGGAGGUGUGCUUUGCGUUUGAAGAAUUGGCGGCAGAUCAUGUAUUGCUGGACUUCUUUGCGGAGAUGCAUUGCGUAUGGGGCACGUGGAAUGCGCAGGAGAUGCGCGUGCGAGGAGUAGUGCCUGAGGCGUUUUGUGCGCGGGUGGAGAAUAAGGGGUUCAGGUUUGUGGAUUUAUUGGCGGGGCCGCCGGUCAAGGCGUGUGAGUUCCAUGUUCAUGCGACGGAGGAGGAGCGGUGGGGAUGUGGGGGUGCGUAG